CCAGGUGUCGCCCCAGCAUGUCAGUCAUGCGAUGAACAGAAACUCACUACGGCCCUCCCCUCCCACACGGAGCAGAAAUCCACUACAAAUGUACAACAAAGGGCACAGGUGCACUGCGAACUUUGCAGACAGACAGACAGACAGGGCACUACCAACACACACAUGUGCGUGACAGCCAAAUGACCGUAUGUGACGAAUGUGUGGGUAUGCAUGUGGUGGCCAUAAUGAUAUCAUGCCCACCGCAUCCACACCCACACCCACACCAGGCAAUAUCCACCCCUCUCUCAGUCCAGACAGCACACAAGCACACCACACCCAUGAUAUCAACCCGGUGUUCCCAGCCCCUGUUCCCUUCCCCACUUCCCCCACUCGUGUGUCUAUUUACAUGGUGAGUGAAGUCACACACAACACAACACAGUACACAGACAGGCAAAGGGCAGAGCGCCACACGCAACACGCCAGUCGACUAGUCAGUGAUGGACAUGACUCAGUACAAACAACACGUUUAAUCAAAGAACAGUGAGUGACGCACACACAUCACAGCACAACACAUCACAUCACAUGACGACGUGACAUCGCAUCACAGGCAGACGAGUGAGGGAAAGUGAGUGAAGUGCAGCCAGGGUGUGGAUCAAUCAGACGGGCGGCUCAGUGCUUCUUGCCUGAAUGAAAGGAGGAAGAGAAAUGGGACACAAAUUCGUGUGUGUACAUAUCAAAGGAGGUUGGCGCGUGUGUUGGUGUGGACAUCUUGCCUUGCCGCCGCACUUACAUUUCCCCCCCCACCACUUCUUCUUGCAAUAAUAGCCAGGGAAGCACUCGGAGUCGUGCUUGCACUUCUUGUGGUGCUUGUGCUUGCCUGAAAGCAACAUAAGUAAAGGGUGGAUUCGCCGUCAGACUGUCUCCCUGCCUGUCUGCCUGUCUGCCUGUCUGUCCCACUUACAUUUCCCCCAUUUCUUCCCCCACUUCUUCUUGCAGUAUUUGCCAUGGGAACAGUCGGAGUCGUCCUCGCACUUGUGGCCUGCACACCACACACCACACAGAAGGGAGGAAUCGAGAUGAUGCCCCCUGUCACUGGGUGCGUUGUGGUCGGUUGCUUACCCAGUGCACGCAGGCUGCCCGACGUCGCAGCCUCGUCAUCCUCGUCCUCAUCGUCGGCAUCGACCACGUGGGCAUCGUUGGCAUAGACCAGGAAGUCCUCCUCGUCCAGCUCAUCCACAGUCGCCAGGCCAUUGUCAGCAGUAGUGGGAGCAGCAGUUGUGGUGCAGGGUGCCUUGCCCGCCAUGGUGGCUGAGGGCAUCCACACCGCCACCAGCAGAGAGGCGAGGACAACCAGUGUCAGGCGCGAGAAGAGAGCCAUGAAUGCUGACGGGAACUAACUGAGAGUCUUGGUCGCAGGCAAACAGACGAAAUGUAAGACGAGAAGUGAAGAUCUGCGGUCAAGAAUGCUGAGGGAGGGAUAGAGGGGAGGGAGGGAGGGGAGAGAAUGGUAGGGAGGGAAGGAG